CAGGCGCACACAACGUCUCUCUCUGUCUCCAUGGCCAGGACUCCAGCGGCUGAGGCUCGGUGAGACCGGAGGAGGGGUCUGUUUGUGUCCGUGCCCCUCAGCGGUGACCGGAGCCCGUUAACGGCUCUCGCUUCCUCCGGCGUUGGAGCCGUGGAGCGUUUUUGUGGAGGUGAGGAACCGAGAGGAGGGGAAAGGGGGCGUUUUUUGCCUCCCCCUCACACCUACCUGCCUGCUUGCCCGCCUGCCUGCCUCCUGGCUUGGCUAGCUCAACACUCCCCGCGUUAUUCCUCCUCCGCUGUCGUUCUCCGGGCUCCCUCACUCCCAGGAGCCUCGGGGAGACGCUGGUGACCGCACACCAGUGCCUGCCAUGCCAGCCUCACUCAGCGUCCUCUCUCGCCUGUGGAGCGCGGACUGAAGACCCGCUCGGACGGAGGGAAGCACCGCGUUUAGUUGGGUCAAGCUCUGCUCUUUUUUUUCUCCGUGAGCAUCUGUUCGUUUACGACCUACUGGAUGCUGGGAGUCUCGUUCGCCUCUGGCAGCUGAAGAUGAGGUUACUAUGGAAACAGUUUUUGCUGCUAUCAAUCAUGGAGUAUCUUACAGAAUGUCUAGAUUAUAAAUCAUUCCAUGGGCCAAAGUGGCGAAUGGAGCCCAGUGAUUUGAUGGCUCCUGUGGGUUUGCCUGAAGAAGAGGCCACGCUCACCUGCGAUGCUAAAGGCCUGCCUUCUCCUCAGUACAGGUGGUCGCUGAACGGCACACUGAUUGAUCUCAGGGCCGACCAACGCCGUCGGCUGUCUGGGGGGAACCUGGUCAUUAGGAGUCUGGAGCGGGCCCAGGACGCGGGAAUCUACCAGUGUACUGCCUUCAACCUGGUGGGAGCCAUUCUCAGCAGGAGAGCCAGCCUCCAGUUCGCAUACUUGAAUUUCAAAACUCAGACGAGAAGUGCUGUGUCAGUGCGCGAGGGCCAAGGAGUCGUUUUACUAUGUGGUACGCCUACAUACGCGGGAGACCUGUCCUUCGCCUGGGUGUUCAAUGAGUACCCGUACUUUGUCCAGCAAGACAACAGACGUUUUGUCUCUCAGGAGACGGGAAACCUUUACAUCGCUAAAGUGGAGCCGUCGGACGUGGGGAACUACACCUGCGUGGUGGUAAACCGCAUCACGAAGGGCAAAGUGCUCAGCUCUCCUACCCCUCUGGUGCUGAGAACAGACGGAGCGAUGGGUGAAUACGAGCCCAAAAUAGAAGUUCAUUUCCCCGACAUGGUUCCAGCCGCCAAAGGAUCCGUCGUUACGCUGGAGUGUUUCGCUCUGGGAAAUCCAGUUCCCGAGAUUACGUGGAGAAGGGCCAACGGAGUUCCGUUUCCCAGCAAAGUGAAGAUGAAGAACUCCAAUGUUGUUCUGGAGAUCCCCAGUUUCCAGCAGGAGGACGCAGGGGGCUACGAAUGUGUGGCGGAGAACAAGAUGGGCAAGAACACCGUGAAAGGACGGCUCUCCUUCCACGCCAAACCUCAGUGGGUGCAGACCAUGCGGGACAGUGCCUUGUCGAUCGAGGAGAGGUUGUUUUGGGAAUGUAAAGCCAACGGCAAGCCUAAACCCUCAUACAGCUGGCUCAGGAACGGAGAGCUUCUCGCCACAGAGGACAGGAUUCAAAUAGAGAAUGGAGCUCUUACUAUAGCCUCAGUCAAUCUGUCUGAUGCAGGCAUGUAUCAGUGUGUGGCGGAGAACAAACACGGCAUCAUUUACUUCAGCGCCGAGCUGGUUGUGUUGGCUUCUCCGCCGGACUUCUCCAGGAGCCCACUGCGGGCGCUUCUCAAAGCAAAGGCCGGCAGCGCGGUGAGCAUGGCGUGCAAACCCCAGGCUUAUCCUACUGCUAUCAGCACCUGGAGGAAAGGCAAUGAAGUGCUGCAGAGCACAGAGAGAACAAGUCUUCUCCCUGAUGGAACACUAAGAAUCAUAAAUGUGACCAAGAUGGAUGGGGGCAACUACACGUGCCUGGCUAGAAACCAGUUUGGGACGGCAAGCACCACUGGAAGACUGCUGGUCACAGAUCCCACACGGAUCACCCAGGGCCCAGUGGAUAUGGAGAUCAUUGUGGGGGAGAGCAUCGUGCUGCCCUGCCAGAUCGCAUGUGAUCCUGCUCUGGACGUCUCCUUCUCCUGGGCGUUCAAUGGCCAGCUCCUCAGCAAACUGGACCCCCACUACGAGCACGUUGGUGGGAGUGCAGCUGGAGAUUUAAUGAUACGAAACAUUCAGCUGAAGCAUGCCGGGAAAUACGUCUGCGUCGUCGACACUGAUGUGGAGAGUCUGUCUGCAGCUGCGAUUUUGAUUGUGAAAGGUCCCCCUGGAGCUCCGGAUGGUGUAACGGUGGAGGAAAUCACAGACAGCACGGCGCAGCUCUCCUGGAGGCCCGGCCAGGACAACGGCAGCCCCAUCAUCAGCUACAUCGUCCAGACCAAGACGGCUUUCACCGUGGGCUGGCAGGCGGUGAACACAGUCCCUGAGGUGAUUGAUGGAAACACGUUGACGGCCACAGUGGUGGACCUGAAUGCGUGGGUGGAGUACGAGUUCCGUGUGCUGGCCAGAAACAGCGUUGGCGUAGGGGAACCAAGCCCAGCCUCGCUCAAGACCCGAACUGAGGACGCUGUUCCCGAUACAGCGCCGGCUAAUGUUGGAGGUGGAGGAGGCUCCAAGUCGGAGUUGGUAAUAACAUGGGAGCCCGUGCCCGAGGAACUGCAGAAUGGAGAUGGUUUCGGCUACAUCAUUGCCAUGCGGCCGUUGGGGGAACUCACGUGGACGCAUGCCGUGACCUCAGCGCCGGGCCGCUAUGUCUAUCGGAACGAGAGCAUCCCGCCCUUCUCUCCAUUUAAUAUAAAAGUGGGCGCAUACAACGUGAAAGGCCAGGGGCCCUUCAGCCCUGUCACCACAGUGUUCUCAGCAGAGGAGGAGCCCAGUGGAGUGCCGGGGGGCGUGUGGGCUCAGAGUAUUUCUGCCUCUGAAUUUGAAGUGAGCUGGCAGACACUCUCUGACUCUCCUGAAAGAGUUUUGGGCUAUGAGGUGGUGUACUGGGAGGAUGAUACUAAGCCAGAGACCAUGGGGAAAGUGCGAGUGCCUGCGAACCAGUACACAGUGAACAUCAGCGGCCUGAAGGGAUACACUCAGUAUUUCUUGACAGUGAGCGCCUUCAACACGGCAGGCACCGGACCGCGCACCCCCACUAUCAACGUCACCACUAAAAAGUCUCCACCAGGACAACCACCUCUGAAUGUAGAGUGGAACCUGAUUGGCUCUAAACUGACUGUCCACUGGGACCCUGUAGUCACCAUGGAGAUGGAGUCAGAGGUCACUGGGUAUCAGGUGUCUUACAGGAGGAACAGACAUAGAGAAAUAAACACGGUGACCACUAACCUGACUUCAGUGGAGAUCGUCCUCCCUGCCGACGACGAUUAUACCAUCCAGAUCUGCGCCCUAAGUGAUGGUGGAGAAGGCAUCCCCACCGAGCCCAUUAACAUUCAUAAACUGAGUAUGAGCGUGCGGGGGUCGAGAGCGUGGCGGCCGGCCACCAUUCCACUCUCCCUGCUUUUUAUCAUCGCAUUAACCGCCAUGAGGCCAACCUUGUGAAAACGCUCGUUAGGACUGACCAAGCUUCUCUUCGUUUCUUCGUCUGUGCUCUUCCUUCCUUUAAAAUUGCGGGGAGACUUGCAUCAGCUCCUUUUUUCGACGCAAGAUUGUUAUUCCCAGCCAUCCAGUCGAGCGGUCCUGAGAGGAGAACGACAAGCCUGGAAGUCACUGGAUAGUGAGUGCAUGUUAUGUACAGUGUAUCAUUGUCUCACAGCAAAGGGACAAAACAAGACCGAACAAG